AUGUCUGAAGGAUAUCAUCAUAAUCCAAAUGAUCCCGAAUUAUUGGAGGCUAUGAAAUAUUUAGCUCUUCCUGCAGAAGAAAAAAUUAAACUUCGAUCUCAACCAUUUGAUGCUAAAAAAGCAUGUUGGAUACCUGAUCCAAAGGAAUCAUUUAUUGCUGCUGAAAUUGAAAGUGAAAAAAAUGAACAAGUUACUGUUAAAACAAGUAAAGGAGAAACAAAAACAGUUAAAAAGGAUGAUGUUCAACAAAUGAAUCCACCUAAAUAUUGGUGUAUCGAUGAUAUGGCUGAUUUAACCUAUUUGAAUGAUGCUUCAGUUUUAGCUACAUUACGUGAUCGUUAUUCACGAUGGCUUAUCUAUACUUAUUCAGGAUUAUUUUGUGUUGUCAUCAAUCCUUAUAAACGCUUACCAAUUUAUACUAUGAAAGUUGUAAUGGCAUAUCGUGGUCGAAAACGUACUGAAGUUGCACCACAUUUAUAUGCUAUUUCGGAUAAUGCUUACUCAAAUAUGCUUCGAGAUCGUGAAAAUCAAUCAAUGUUGAUCACAGGUGAAUCAGGUGCUGGUAAAACAGAGAAUACAAAAAAAGUUAUUCAAUAUUUUGCAUUGGUUGCUGCUGCUGGUACUAAAAAGGAAGAUGAAGGAAAAAAAACAAUGACACUUGAAGAUCAAAUUGUUUCAGCUAAUCCUGUAUUGGAAGCUUAUGGUAAUGCAAAAACUACUCGUAAUAACAAUUCAUCUCGAUUUGGUAAAUUUAUUCGUAUUCAUUUUGGUCCAACGGGUAAAAUUGCGGGUGCUGAUAUAGAAGUAUAUCUAUUGGAAAAAUCUCGUGUCAUCUUUCAACAACCAGCUGAACGUAACUAUCAUAUGUUUUACCAACUCUGUUCAAAUGCAUUUCCUGAUUAUCAUAAGCAAUGUUUAAUUGAAAAUGAUCCAUCGAAAUAUUUUUAUGUUGCUCAAGGUAUGCUUACAAUUGAUGGUGUUGAUGAUGCUGAUGAAAUGCGUCUUACUGACGAAGCUUUUGAUAUUCUUGGCUUUACACAUGAUGAAAAGAUUAAUCUUUUCAAAUGUACUAGUGCUAUUAUGCAUUUUGGUAAUUCUCAAUGGAAACAACGACCACGAGAAGAACAAGCUGAAGCCGAAGGUACAGAAGAUUGUGAAAAAGUUGCUCAUUUGCUUGGUGUUGAAGCAGCUGAUCUUAUCAAAGGUUUACUUAAACCACGUAUUAAGGUCGGUAAUGAAUAUGUUAAUAAAGGUCAAAAUAAAGAUCAAGUUAUAAAUUCAAUUGGUGCUCUUUCCAAAGCUAUCUAUUAUCGUAUGUUUUGUUGGCUAGUCGAGCGUGUUAAUGUAACGCUCGAUGUUAAAGCUAAACGUCAAUAUUUUAUUGGUGUACUCGAUAUUGCUGGCUUUGAAAUUUUUGAAUUUAAUGGUUUUGAACAAUUAUGUAUUAAUUAUACCAAUGAACGUCUUCAACAAUUCUUCAAUCAUCAUAUGUUCGUAUUAGAACAAGAAGAAUAUAAAAAAGAAGGCAUACAAUGGGAAUUCAUUGAUUUUGGUAUGGAUUUACAAGCUUGUAUUGAUCUUAUCGAAAAGCCUAUGGGAAUUCUUUCGAUUUUGGAAGAAGAAUGUAUCGUACCAAAAGCUACUGAUAAGACAUUUGUUGAAAAACUUUAUAAUAAUCAUUUGGGUAAACAUCCACAAUUUGGCAAACCUAAACCUGGCAAAGGUAAAACAGAAGCACAUUUUGAUAUUCACCAUUAUGCUGGUACUGUAUCAUAUACGGCAACAUCAUGGCUUGAAAAAAAUAAAGAUCCUAUUAAUACUACUGUUGCUACACUUUUUGCUAAAUCAAAAAAUGUUCUUCUAUCUCAUCUCUUUGCUGAUGUUGUUGAAGAAGAAAAUGCUAAGGGUGCUGGUGGUAAAAAGAAAGGUGGUGGUAGUAUGCAAACUAUUUCUGCUACACAUCGUGAACAAUUAAACAAAUUAAUGACUAAUUUAAAACAAACACAUCCACAUUUUGUUCGUUGUAUUAUUCCGAAUGAAAUUAAAACUGGAGGUGUUCUUGAUUCACAUUUAGUCAUGCAUCAACUUACUUGUAAUGGUGUACUUGAAGGUAUUCGUAUAUGUCGUAAAGGUUUUCCAAAUCGAAUGAUCUAUGCUGAAUUUAAACAACGUUAUUCAAUUUUGGCACCAAAUGCUAUUCCUGCAGGUUUUGUUGAUGCAAAAAAAGCAACAGAAAAUAUUCUUAAAGAUUGUGGUUUAAGUGAUGAAUUAUAUCGUUGUGGUACAACAAAAGUAUUCUUCAAAGCUGGUACAUUAGGUCAACUUGAAGAUAUGCGUGACAUUGCUUUAUCAAAAAUAAUUUCUUCUUUACAAGCUCAAAUGCGUGGUUAUAUUAUGAAGAAAGAAUACAAGAGAAUGUUAGAAAAACGUUUAGCUUUAUCAGUUUUACAACGUAAUUGUCGUAAAUAUUUAUCAUUACGUAAUUGGCCAUGGUGGAAAUUAUAUACGAAAGUUAAACCAUUAUUAUCAGUUGCACGACAAGAAGAAGAAAUGAAGAAACUUGAAGAAGAAUUUAAAGCACUUAAAGAAUCUUUAGAGAAAGAAGAAAAAUUAAGAAAAGAAGUUGAAGAUAAUAAUUCAAAAUUAAUUCGAGAAAAAAAUGAUUUAUAUCAACAAUUGGAAUCUGAACGAAAUGGUGCAUCUGAAGCACAAGAACGUUAUACACGUUUAGUAACACAAAAAGCUGAUCUUGAACAACAAGUUAAAGAUUUAGAAGACCGUUUUAGUCAAGAAGAAGAAAGUUCUCAAGAAUUAAAUAAUAAGAAAAAGAAACUUGAACAUGAUAUUGAUGGUUUAAAAAAAGAUAUUGAUGAUAUACGUUUAAGUUUACAAAAAUCUGAAAAUGAAUGUAAAACACGUGAUAAUCAAAUUCAUACAUUACAAGAUGAAAUAGCUCAUCAAGAUGAAACAAUUGCUAAAUUAACACGUGAACGUAAACGUCUUGAAGAACAAAAUACGAAAACAAGUGAACAAUUACAAGCGGAAGAAGAUAAAGUUAAUCAUAUAAAUAAAUUAAAAACAAAACUUGAACAAACCUUAGAUGAAAUAGAAGGUAGUUUAGAACGUGAAAAGAAAGCACGAGCUGAUCUUGAUAAAUCAAAACGAAAACUUGAAACUGAUUUAAAAUCAAUUCAAGCUAAUCUUGAAGAUUUAGAACGAUCAAAACAUGAAUUACAAGAAAAUCUUAAACGUAAAGAUCAAGAAAUUCAACAAAUGGGUGGACGUCUUGAAGAUGAACAAGGACAAGCAACAAGUCUUGGAAAGAAAAUAAAAGAAUUACAAGCACGUAUUGAAGAAUUAGAAGAAGAAGUUGAAAAUGAACGACAAGCACGAACUAAAACCGAAAAACAACGAGCUGAUUUAGCACGUGAAAUUGAUGAAAUGAAUGAUCGUUUAGAAGAAGCGGGUGGUGCAACAUCAUCACAAGUUGAAAUGAAUAAAAAACGUGAAUCAGAAUUACAAAAACUUCGUCGUGAUUUAGAAGAAGCGAAUCUUCAACAUGAAGCUACAGCUGCACAACUUCGUAAAAAACAUCAAGAUGCUGUUACUGAAAUGGGUGAACAAAUCGAUCAAUUACAAAAAUUAAAAAAUAAAUUAGAAAAAGAUAAACAAACAGCGAAAUCGGAAUUAGAUGAUUUACGUACACAAAUUGAUCAUGUACAAAAAGGUAAAGUAGCUGCUGAAAAACUUUCGAAACAACUUGAACAACAAUUAAAUGAAAUACAAAUUAAAAUUGAAGAUCAUAUUAAACAAAUAACUGAUUUAACUCAUAGUAAAACAAAAUUAAUAGGUGAAAAUUCUGAAUUAACUAGACAAGUUGAAGAUCUUGAACAUCAACUUGUUGCUAUGACGAAAGCGAAAUUAUUAUUACAACAACAACUUGAUGAAGCUAAACGAACAAUUGAUGAUGAAUUACGUGGCAAAGGUUCAGUUCAUACACAAAUUCGUAAUUUAACAUCUGAUCUUGAUCAAGCACGUGAACAACUCGAUGAAGAACAAGAAGCUAGAAGUGAACUUCAAAAACAAGUUUCAAAACUCAAUGCUGAAGUACAACAAUGGAGAGCUCGUUAUGAAUCUGAAGGUCUUUCACGUGGUGAAGAACUCGAGGAAGCUAAACGAAAAUUAGCUUCUAAAUUAACUGAAGCUGAAGAACAAGUUGAAGCUGCAUUAAAUAAAUGUAAUGCAUUAGAAAAAGUUAAAUCUCGUCUUCAAGGUGAAGUUGAAGAUCUUAUGGUUGAUGUUGAACGUGCUAACGCUAAUGCAUCGGCUAUGGAUAAAAAACAAAAACAAUUUGAUAAAUUAAUUAAUGAAUGGAGACAAAAAUGUGAAGAUAUAACUAUUGAACUUGAAGUAUCACAAAAAGAAGCUCGACAUUUUUCAACUGAAUUAUUUAAACUUAAACAACAAUAUGAAGAAUCACAUGAACAAAUUGAUGCACUUCGUAAAGAAAAUAAGAAUUUAGCUGAUGAAAUAAAAGAUCUUAUUGAUCAAUUAGGUGAAGGUGGAAAGAAUGUUCAUGAUUUAGAGAAAGCUCGUAAACGUGCUGAAUUAGAGAAAGAAGAAUUACAAGCUGCAUUAGAAGAUGCUGAAUCUACUCUUGAACAAGAAGAAGCUAAAGUUCUUCGUGCACAAAUGGAAUUAAGUACAGUUCGACAAGAAAUUGAUCGACGAAUUCAUGAGAAAGAAGAAGAAUUUGAAAAUACAAGACGUAAUCAUCAACGUUCACUUGAAUCUAUGCAAGCAAGUUUAGAAGCUGAAGCACGAUCAAAAACUGAAGCACUUAAACAAAAAAAGAAACUUGAAUCAGAUAUCAAUGAACUUGAAGUUGCACUUGAUCAUGCUAAUCGUACAAAUGCUGAUUUACAAAAGACAUUAAAACGUGUUCAACAAAAUAUAUUAGAAUUACAAGUACAAGUUGAAGAAGAACAACGACAACGUGAUGAAGCUCGAGAAGUAGCUUUAGUAGCUGAACGUCGUGCUAAUCUUAUUAGUGGUGAACUUGAAGAAUUACGUACAGCUUUAGAACAAGCUGAACGUGCACGUAAAGCAGCUGAAAGUGAAUUACAUGAUGCAGCUGAUCGUAUUAGUGAUGUUAGUACACAAAAUGCUAAUUUAUCAUCGCAACGACGACAACUUGAAUCAACUAUUGCUGCUAUGCAAGCUGAUUUAGAUGAAGCUGUUAGUGAACUUAAGAAUAGUGAAGAACGUGCUAAGAAAGCUGGUAGUGAUGCUACACGUCUUGUUGAAGAAUUACGUCAAGAACAAGAUCAUGCUUUACAAGUUGAACGAUUACGUAAAGGUCUUGAACAACAAGUUAAAGAUCUUCAAAUACGUCUUGAUGAAUCAGAAGGAGGUACACUUAAAGGUGGAAAACGUAUUAUUGGUAAACUUGAACAACGUAUUCAUGAAUUAGAAGCUGAAAAUGAAUUAGAACAACAUCGUCAUCAAGAAACUCUUAAAGAAUUACGUAAAAAUGAUCGUCGUUUGAAAGAACUUGCAUUUCAAACUGAAGAAGAUCGUAAGAAUCAAUUACGUUUACAAGAUCUUACUGAAAAAUUACAAGCAAAACUUAAAGUCUACAAACGUCAAGUCGAAGAAGCUGAGGAAAUUGCUGCACUUAAUUUGGCUAAAUUUCGUAAAGUUCAAACUGAUCUUGAAGAAUCAGCUGAACGUGCUGAUAUAGCUGAAAAUCAACUUGGUAAAUUACGUGCUAAAAAUCGAUCAUCAGUUAGUGCAAGUCGUUCUUCAGAAAUUCGCGAUUUACGUGAAUCUACAAUAGUUCGAGCAUCUUCAACUAUGCGUGCUAGUUCAGUUCGUCAACGUUAA